AUGUACGGCAAGGGGAAAGGAGCCGUGGUCCCGUCCGACAGCCAAGCCCGAGAAAAGUUGGCGUUAUAUGUAUACGAGUACCUGCUACACGUGGGAGCACAGAAGUCCGCACAGACCUUUCUAUCAGAGAUUCGGUGGGAGAAGAACAUCACGUUAGGAGAGCCUCCCGGAUUCCUCCACUCAUGGUGGUGUGUAUUCUGGGAUUUGUAUUGCGCAGCACCGGACCGAAGAGAAACGUGUGAGCACUCCAGCGAGGCCAAAGCCUUCCAUGACUAUAGCGCAGCGGCGGCCCCCAGCCCCGUCAUGGGCAACAUGCCUCCUAACGAUGGCAUGCCCGGUGGACCCAUGCCCCCAGGCUUCUUCCAGGGACCGCCCGGCUCUCAGCAGUCACCCCACGCACAGCCCCCCCCUCACAACCCCAGCAACCCCAUGAUGGGACCCCACGGCCAGCCGUUCAUGUCGCCGCGGUAUCCGGGUGGACCACGCCCCUCACUCCGAAUGCCAAAUCAGCCUCCUGGGGGAAUCCCGGGAUCUCAGCCUCUCCUGCCAAACAGUUUGGACCCGACAAGACCACAAGGACACCCCAACAUGGGGGGCCCCAUGAGGAUGAACCCUCCCCGAGGCAUGGCCAUGGGCCCUCAGAAUUAUGGAGGCAUGAGGCCACCUCCAAACUCCAUGGGGGGUCCAAUGCCUGGGAUGAACAUGGGCCCCGGAGGCAGAGGGCCAUGGCCUGGUCCAGGACCCAAUGCUAACUCUAUAGCAUACUCGUCCUCCUCUCCAGGGAACUAUGUGGGUCCUCCAGGGGGCGGUGGCCCGCCAGGAACCCCCAUCAUGCCCAGCCCAGGUGACUCUACAAACUCCAGUGAAAACAUCUACACAAUGAUGAACCCCAUAGGUCCUGGAGGCAACAGACCGAACUUCCCCAUGGGGCCGGGACCUGACGGGCCGAUGGGGGCUAUGGGAUCCAUGGAGCCGCACCAUAUGAACGGAUCACUAGGGUCUGGGGACAUGGACGGGUUGCCAAAGAGUUCUCCAAACAACAUGGGGGGCAUGAACAACCCUCCAGGGACGCCACGGGACGACGGCGAGAUGGGCGGCAACUUCUUGAACCCAUUCCAAAGUGAAAGUUAUUCACCCAACAUGACGAUGAGUGUGUGA